CUGAUAAAUAAGAAUUUUCUUUCCUAUCUCUUCCCCGAUCCUCCGAAGAAGAAGCCGGCAAUGGCCUUUGCUCAGAGGCAACUCUUGAGCUCGGCGCUGUCCCCAGCGGCUCCUCCUCGACCUCGGCGGCCGGUUUCGAAAAUAGUUUCUUCCGCCCAUAUCGCCGAGCAAAGCGGUUCUCCUUCCCAAAUCACUUCAUCUAAGGAACACGAGCAGUGGAACCGCAAGAAAGUUUUCUUACUCUCUGUCGCCACUGCCUCUGGUUCUGCGGUUGGCGGGGGAUUUGUUUUCAGCCUUUUCUCAACUCCACCUCCUGGAAGUACCGGAGGCGGCGGGGGUAGCGGUUGGGGAGGUGGUGGUGGUGGCGGCGGCGGCAAUGGCGAUAGCGGGGGAUUCUGGUCCAGAUUUCUUUCUUCUCUCUCUCCCCCUGCACGUGCGGAGGAGGAGAAGAUGGAGACGGGUGCAGGGCCGGAGUGGGACUCCCAUGGCUUGCCGGCCAACAUCGUGGUUCAAUUAAACAAGCUUAGUGGGCUGAAGAGGUAUAAGAUAUCGGAUAUCGUCUUUUUCGACCGCCGACGGGGCUCCACUUUCUCUAGUUCCGUUGACUCGUUGUUUGAGAUGGUAUCUCUCCGCGCAGGCGGUGUCUACACCAAGGCUCAGAUCCAAGCUGAGCUGGAAACUCUGGCCUCCUGUGGCAUGUUCGAGAAGGUCGACCUAGAGGCGAAGACUAAGCCGGACGGGACGCUUUCCUUAGUAGUCUCAUUCACCGAGAGUACCUGGCAGUCUGCGGACUCGUUCAGGUGCAUUAACGUUGGUCUCCUGCCACAGACAAAACAGCCGGAUAUGGAUCCGGACAUGACUGACAGGGAGAAGCUUGCAUAUUUCAAGAGCAUGGAAAGGGACUAUCGGAGGAGAAUUGAGCGCUCCCGGCCAUGCCUGCUGCCAGUUUCAGUGCAGAAGGAGGUGAUGGAGAUGCUGGGUAAUCAAGGGAAGGUGAGCGCUAGGUUGCUGCAGAAAAUUAGGGACAGGGUGCAGAAGUGGUACCAUGAUGAAGGGUAUGCGUGCGCUCAGGUGGUCAAUUUUGGCAAUUUGAACACCAGAGAGGUUGUUUGCGAAGUGGUGGAGGGGGAUAUAACUCAGCUUUCCAUCCAAUUCCAGGACAAACUUGGAAAUAUCUGUGAAGGGAACACCCAACUUCCUGUGAUCCGUAGAGAGCUGCCCAAGCAGCUACGGCCAGGGCAUGUUUUCAAUAUUGAGGCAGGUAAGCAAGCUUUGAGGAACAUAAAUUCACUUGCUCUGUUUUCCAACAUUGAGGUGAAUCCAAGACCUGAUGAAAAGAAUGAAGGAGGAAUUAUAGUUGAAAUCAAGCUUAAAGAGUUGGAACAGAAAUCUGCCGAAGUUAGUACUGAGUGGAAUAUUGUACCUGGACGGAAUGGGCGACCAACAUUGGCGUCUAUUCAACCUGGUGGAACAGUGACCUUUGAACAUAGGAACAUCAAAGGGCUUAAUAGAUCCAUAAUAGGUUCUGUGACAUCAAGCAAUCUUCUAAACCCUCAGGAUGAUCUGUCCUUCAAGCUUGAUUAUGUGCAUCCUUAUGUAGACGGUGUGACCAACCCACGCAACCGAACAUUUCGUACUAGUUGCUUUAACAGCAGAAUAAAAAAUAAUUUAGAAUCACUAUUUAAAUUUACCCAUCGUUGCAUAGCAUCUUCAGAUGACCAGAUAUGCGCCGAAAAUUUCUCCGGCGCCGUUUCCGACGCAUUACCGGCGAAAAAAUGGAUUGUUGACGAUGUAAAAAAACGACUUAAUUCCGGCGCCAUAUGCACCGUUGAGCUUGAACCUGUGCUUGCAGCUGAACUUGCCAAUCAGCUUGUGAUUUCCUUACUUGUUAUAGCUCAGCUUGAAGGGCACUUAUUUGUUGAGAUUGCAAGGACUCAUGCGAACUGGAUGUGA